AUGUACUUGUGCCGGUCGUUAACCGUCGGGAGUCGCGAAGUUGAGCUGGAGCUUGAACUAGAACUUGAGCUGGAGCUGGAACUCGAUGUUGUCGUCGUCGUAGUCGACCUCGUGCUAGAUGAACUGCUUGAGCUACUCGAGCUGGUCGAACUUCGGGAACUGCUCGUGCUACUCGAAGUGCUCGUGCUGCUAGAACUACUGCUAGAACUGCUGCUAGAACUGCUGCUAGAUCGAGAAGAGCUCGAACUAGACGAGCUUGAAGUAGAUGAGGCACUGGAACUUGAACUGGACGAGCUUGAGCUGGACGAGCCACUUGAGGUUGAAGUAGAAGAGCUCGAGCUGGACGAAGAGCUUGAGCUUGUUGUCCGCGGUACCGUACUCGAACUAGAUGAGCUAGAACUAGACGAGCUGGAAGAGCUGGAUGUGGUGGUGAUGAUCGGUGUCGUGCUCGAACUUGAGGAACUAGAAGAACUUGAGCUUGAACUCGAGCUACUAGUAGAUGGAGCUGUCGAACUGGAACUUGAGCUUGAAGAGCUACUGCUUGAUGUUGUAGGAACCGUACUAGAGCUGGAGCUGGACGAAGUAGACGAACUACUGCUGCUGGAUGUUGUAGGAACCGUACUGGAGCUGGAGCUGGACGAAGUAGACGAACUACUGCUGCUGGUUGUUGUGGGAGCCGUGGUCGAACUUGAGCUGGAGCUACUUGUACUCGAGACCGUUGAGCUUGAACUAGAGGAACUACUACUAGAUGUGGUAGAAACCGUACUAGAGCUUGAGCUUGAAGAUGAGCUACUGCUAGUCGUAGUUGGUCCUGAACUUGUACUCGAGCUUGACGAAGAGCUGCUACUCGAGGUUGAGGGAACGGUACUGGAACUCGAACUUGAAGAAGAGCUGGUGCUAGUUGUCUCAGGAGCGGUGCUAGAGCUUGAACUUGAGGAAGAGCUGCUGCUAGUUGUCUGGGGAGUUGUACUGGAACUCGAACUUGAAGACGAGCUACUGCUAGUUGUCUCAAGAGCCGUACUGGAACUUGAGCUCGAGGAGCUGCUUGUUGUCUGA